AUGGCUACUCCAGAGGCUUUCCUGUCAGCUCUCUACCCAUUACUUCCCCUGUUUUCCACAUCUAAAUCGGCACGAUCUCUCUCUGGUAAGGUCGACGGCCAGGUCAGGGUAGCUCUCGAUGCGCUAGCUGCUAUCAGCGUUGCGAAUGGGACAGGAGAUGUUGUCGCUGUAGCUCUGGAUGCGCGCCCUCACGAGACUAAGUUGUACGUUGCGACUAACGGGGACGUGAAGCAUGAAGUCGAGGAUCAUCUUAUCUCUGUAUGGUCCUGCCUUGGACGCAUCGCUAAACUUGCCAAUGGUAGACAUUCGACUACUUCCUCAAGUGAUAUUAAUGCCCAUCGGAUGGACCUCACCCUUCAAAUCUAUCGCUUCUCUCGAAAGAAGUUCCGAUCUGAAUUUGAGAAGCACUCCGAAGAGUUUUUGAGGGUAUUCCCACAGGGUCACACAUCAUCUGUUUGGAACUCACUGUUUGACCGAGAUCAAUACGAAGUACUCGGAUAUAUCCAAUCCACUUUCAAGUCCAUCACGGACUCAGUCAAAGUAGAAAAGCCCACAGACAAUCAAGUACACUCUCUUGCGGGCCUUGUCGACAAGCUCGAUCGACUCCAUGCCCAUGUGAACACAAAGAUAUUUCUUGAGGUCAGGCGUUACCUGCGAAAAGUUCUUUCUCUUCGUAAUCACAUCGAAGUCUUACUGCAAAUUGCAUGCACCAAGAAAUUUCGGUCGUGGUUUCUACCGGUUAUGUCCGUUGUGAAAGUCCCGGGCAUGUCUCAGUCUUACGCAGUCGACAUGGGCAAUCUCUAUUUCACACAGCAAUGCUUUGGUAGCCGAGGGCAAUUCGAGUCAGUACGCCCUCGAUGGAACACAGAAGUAUUGGAAGUGGUACGCUCGGAGCUCAUAAACAGGCACUGCUCAGUCUCAGGCCAUGGCCAAAACACGUUUACUUUCGCUCGAGUCUUCAUUCAUUGCGAGUGUGCAUUGGCCGUAUACAUCGAUGAUCACCCUGGGGCGAAGCCAUUCCGGUUCAUCGGUGUCUCUAAGCUAUGCUGCCAUGGAUGCUAUACCUUCCUCCGGGCCUAUAACAAGAAUGUUGGCAGUCCCUUUGAAUUCAAGGGCACUCACGGUAAAGUGUAUUUACCAUACGUGUUUCCCAAGAUUCCAUCUAGGAGCACGUUAGUCUCGAAUGCUGCGAUCAGACGCGACAUGCUCAAGAUUCUCAAAGAUGAUUUUCAUGUUGCUUGGACGCAGCCUCGUAGAGGCCGACGAUAUUCAGACAGCACAGCUGCGUCACCUCCUCCACCGGACACGGAGCAGGAAGACCAAGGGGACCAUUGA